AUCGUGAAUAGUGUGUGUGUGUGUAUACGAGCAACAGUAGACAACAGUGUUGUUGCUGUAGACGUGCAGUAUUGAUGUUUGGGUCACGUGAGGAUCAAAGGCUGGAAGACUAAAACGAUCGAUCCAUUGAUCUCGUCGCUGCGUGUCGUCAUUUGUUUGAUCAGAUGUUUGGUGCUCGAGUAGGAUGGGCUUUCACACCUGGCGCGGUUUACAUUAAGCGACUUCGGAGCUAGUGUUGUUGUUUUUGGCUUUUAUUUAUUAUUAUUAUAACGCGAUAUAAAAUUAGUAAAACAAAAAACAGGACGACCGCGGACUUUUUUCAUAUUUUUCCCUGAUGUCGGACUGCAGCUCGUCGGGUUCCGAUGAGGAUUUGGACCCUGAGAUAGAGCUGCUGGACGAGCUCGGCGGCAAACUCAGUAAGUGGACAAACUACAUUCAUGGAUGGCAGGAUCGCUGGAUUGUGCUGAAGGGCAAUAUUCUGAGUUACUACAGGUCAGCGGAUGAGAAGGAGUACGGCUGUAGAGGGUCCAUCUGUCUCAGCAAGGCUGUCAUCACGCCUCAUGAGUUUGAUGAAUGCCGUUUUGACAUCAGUGUGAACGACAGCAUCUGGUACCUGAGGGCUGAAUAUCCUUUGCUCCGGCAGCAGUGGAUCGAUACCAUUGAACUUCACAAGACUGAGUCAGGCUACGGGUCUGAGAACAGUUUACGUCGCCAUGGCUCUCAACUGUCCCUCACCUCUGCCGCCAGCAUCCUCUCCACCGCCUCUGCAUCCUCCUGCAAGAAGGGAUACAGCCUGCGGGAAAAGCUAGCGGAGAUGGAGACUUUCCGGGACAUUCUUUGCAGGCAGGUGGACACAUUGCAGAAGUAUUUCGACAACUGUGCAGAUGCUGACAGUAAAGAUGAACUCCACAGGGACAAAGUAUCUGAGGAUGAGGAAGACUUUCCAACCUUAAGGCCAGAUGGAGAUUAUCUGCUCAACAACAAUAGCAGCAAAGAGAAAUUAUUUCCUGUGGGCAGCCUCAAAGGUCCAUUAGGCAUCGAUUUCAAGGGUGAAGCAAUCACGUUUAAAGCUACUACAGCAGGAAUCCUGUCCACACUGUCCCACUGCAUUGACAUUUUGGUCAAAGGAGAGGAGAGCUGGCAAAGACGACUUGAUAAGAACAUUGAAAGGAGAAGACGGGCUGAAGAUUCCUGCAAAGCUGCACUGACCGAGCUGAAGAAGAAGCCUCAUUAUGGAGGACCAGACUAUGAAGAAGGACCAAACAGUCUGAUCAAUGAAGACGAGUUCUUUGAUGCUGUGGAAGCUGCGUUGGACAAACAUGACCAGAUCGAAGAGCAAAAAUGUGACUGUCCUGUUUUGCAGUCCCAGGCAGAAAGGAGCAGGGCAUCUCGCCGGAUCUCCCUCCCUCCAGACACCUAUUUCUCCAUCAGCACUCAGAAAUACUUGACUAAGCCUCACAGCCAAACUUCCUCCUCCUCCAUUGACCUCGUAAGUUCCUCCGAUGGCGUGCACCGGUUCAGUGCUCAGGUUGAGGAGAUGGUCAAGAGCCACAUGAAUUACUCUUUGCAGGAUGUGGGUGGAGAUGCUAACUGGCAGCUGGUUGUUGAAGAAGGGGAAAUGAAGGUGUACAGGAGAGAAGUGGAGGAGAACGGCAUCGUUCUGGAUCCUCUCAAAGCUACUCAUGCCGUCAGAGGGGUCACAGGUCACGAGGUCUGCCACUACUUUUGGGACACAGCUUUUCGGAACGACUGGGAAACAACUGUUGAAAGCUUUAAAGUGGUUGAGACACUCUCAGAUAAAGCGGUCCUCAUUCAUCAGACACAUAAGAGGGUGUGGCCUGCUUCCCAGAGAGAUGUGCUUUAUGUAUCGGUUAUGCAAAAAAUUCUCUCCACUAAUGAGAAUGAUCCAGACACCUGGCUAGUGUGCAACUUCUCAGUGGAUCAUGACGGCUAUCCACCUUCUUCUAGAUGCAUUCGUGCCAAAAUCAAUGUAGCCAUGAUCUGUCAAACGCUAAUCAGCCCACCAGAGGGAGACGAAAAGCUCACCAGAGACAACUUCCUCUGUAAAAUCACAUAUGUAGCCAAUGGUAAGUCUUUGGGGUGUUUGACCCUUCUAAUUAAAGUUUCAACCCCCAGCCCCCAAAAAAAAAAGAAAACUUAAGGUCAGAUGGGGUCUUAAAGUACAUGCUAAGUUGGGUCUCUAUAAGGUUUGUGUUUCUGAUACUAAUUAUUGCUUUUAUUCAGCAUUUAGGAAUUUAAUUGCUCAAAAGUGACCGUAAAGAUUUAAGAUUUUGUAAUGUUACAAAAGAUUUCCAUUUUAAAUAAAUGCUCUUCCUGCUGUAUUAACUUUCUAUUCAUCAAAGAAUCCUGAAAAAAUUGACAUGUACAAAAAUACUAAGCAGCCCAACUGUGUUCAGCACUGAUAAAAAUCUGAAAUGUUUCUUGAGCAGCAAAUCGGCAUAUUAGAUUGAUUUCUGAAUAUCAUGUGA